AUGAGCCAGCAGCAGCAGAUGGCCAUGCAGCCUCAGAUGGGCGCUGGCGGCCCUGUCAACGCGCCGACACCGACCAAUAACGCUGAAAAGGACCCGGUCAAGCAACUCAACACCGCCAUAUACGACUACCUGCUGUGUCGUGAAAAGUAUGAAGCUGCUCGCGCCGUGAAAGACGCAUUCAGCGGUGAGAUGCAGGAUCUUGGCGAUCAGAUCAAGCAGUCUCCAAACCAGCGCCAAGCCAAUGGUGUCGAUGGCAUGGACAUUGAUAGCAAGGACCAUACAUCGAACCUGCAUCCUGGUAUUGCCAAACGUCCAGCUGGUUUGCCUGCGCCUCCGCCACUGUCAACUGAAGACGGUCCAUUCUUGCAAGACUGGUUCACCAUGUUCUGGGACUUGUUUAGCGCGAAUCGACAGCGCGGCAGACCGAACACCAUUAACUAUGUUGGCCAGCAACGUGCAGCGCAAAAAAUGCGGACUGGUCUUAUGGGCAUGGAUCCGAAUGCAGCACAACGAGGUUACAUGAUGAACAACGGCCAGGAUUUGCGACAGCAAGUCAUGAAGAACGGAAUGGCCGGCAACCCGCAAGCGCAAGCGCAACUAGCAAAGAUGAGACAGAUGCAAGGGCCGAACCCCGGCCAGCAGGGCGAAGCCAUGCAAAGACAAGGCUCGCAGGUGGACAUGAACGCUGCUCGCUCCAACUCGCCAAACACUGGCGGCGACGCCCCUUCGCCGAAGAGGCAAAGAAUCGAGGGCAGCAUGAGCCAAGCACGACCUGGCCAACCAGGCCAGAUGCCAGGCGGCAACCAGGUGGGUUCCCCAUCCAACAUCCCCACCUCCCACGAUGUCAUUUCUGCACACACACGCGAGCUGUUGCGAGAGCGCAAUAUCGAUCCCAACAGCAUUUCCCAAGAAACGCUUCAGAAGAUGUCCGCGCAGCCUACUAACAUACAAGCAAAGUCUGUGGAGGUUUACUCGCAAGCGAUGCAGCAGCAAAUGCAGGGUCUUAUGCAAAGAACCGGUUCUAACAUGAACGUCUCAAAGGGCAUGCCUCCUAACCCACAAAUGGGUCCCGGUGGCGCACAGUCGAGUCCGAUGAACCAGCAGUCCAUGGACAAUCAGAACGACUUUUAUCAACAGCAACAACAGCAGCGAAUGAACAUGCCACAGAACGGCGCAGCUGUCACGGCCGCCGGUCCACAAGGCGCGAACAAUGGCAAUCACGCCCUCCAGGAUUACCAGAUGCAGUUGAUGCUGCUCGAGCAACAGAACAAGAAACGACUACUUAUGGCAAGACAGGAGCAGGACAGCAUGUCGCAUCCGCCUGGAGUCCCUGGCCCCAAUGGUGGCCAGUUCGCUCCCGGCAUGUCGCCACAGGGCAGCAGAACCGGUGAUCCAUCGCCUAACCCGAACGAUAUGCAACGCGGUACGCCGAACGUGAAGAAGAUGGGCGGCUCUCCCAAUGGCGACAUGAAUGCUCGCGGGUCACCAACACCCAACAUGAUGGACCCUGCCAUGAAUCCUGCAAUGAGGGCGCAAGUGGUGAUGGGACCAAACGGACAACAAAUGAUGAGGCCACCAUCAUCACAUCCGAUUGCCCAAAUGUCACCGGCUCAGAUUGAGAUGAUGCGCCAAAGCGGGCAGAUGAUGCCAAACGGCCCUCAAUACCCAGGUCCUCAAGGUCCCGGCGGACAGAUGAUGCCAGGUCAGCAGCCCGGCCAACCUGGGCAGCCACCGAGCAUGACGCCGCGCCAGGGCCAUAUGCCACCCCCUCCAGCUCCGGCCGCCGGGCCUGGUGGCACGAAUCCAAGUAGUCCCGCACAACAACCUGCACCGCCUACACCUAACCAAGCUAACAAGGCCAAACCAGGCGCUAAGAAGGAAGCAGCAAAUAAAAAGGCCGCUCCCAACAAGAAGGGUCAAGCUGGUGGCAACGACAACGCAGAUGCAAAUGCUCCGCCUACGCCUACGCCACAAGCGCCACAAACGCCGCAGAACGCUGCUUCAUUCAACCAAAAUAAGAAUAUGGCGAUGGCUAACGGGGUGCCUGGCGCUGGUCAGCCACCAAACACCGGACAGCCAGGAGCACCUCCUGUACAACAGCCUGGGACGGAUAUGAACGGCCAACCAUUCGGCAACCUCGGUGGCAACGACGACGGCUUUGGUCCCAUGGACUUUGCGAGUCUCGAUACUGGCGAUGUGCUUGAUAACUUCGACUUCGACAGCUUCCUGAAUAGCAACGGCGACAACGACCUUGGAGGCUUCGAUGCCAACUUUGCUUUCGGCGAUGGUCAGGAGCUCGACAUCGGUGGUAACUAG